GAUUGACAAUCAAAAAUGACUUAUUAUCCUUAUGCCGUUUGCAAUGAAACUACUGAUUUACAUGCCAGUCAGGUUCCAACUCAUGUGGAAAACUGUCUAGUAAUAGCAGGGAAUCUUAUAGCAUUUUUCCUUAUGGUGAUUAAUAGUAGGUACCAUCAGUGGCAUUCCUUUUAUAUACUCUUUGCUGGUUUAGUCUUCACGGAUCUCUUGCAGUCUUGCGUAUUGUAUCCGGUUUCCAUUUUGCGUUAUACCAGUAACUUCACGUGGUGCUACACGAAGCCUCUUUGUGAUGCUGUGUCGUUCACAUUUUCCUUUACACAGUUAUCCUCUGGUGCCAUCGUUUCUAGCAUGGCCAUUGAUCGCUAUCUGUGUCUCAAACGGACAAACUUUUUACAAAGAGCUAAGUGCAUUCGUUUUAGAUAUUUUGGCGUCCUUUGUGCCAUUUGGUGUUUUGUAGCUCUUGUCUGCAGUCUCCAUCUUAUUGGCGUCGGAAAUAGCCAGCUCUACUAUCCCGGAUCAUGGUGCUUUAUAGAUUUUACACAGACAUCCAUUGGAAAUCGUGUGAAUUCCCUUAUUUACUCUGUAUGUGGAAUAUGUGUGAUAAUUUCAACUUCAUUCUCGAACAUAGCCUCGGUCAUGUUAUCGUGUAAAGACAAUGAAUAUAGAGCUAGACUUCUGGAGCAGAACAGGGUGACUGGAGUAUAUGACAGUCACGUGACUAUCUUCCUCGUGGUAGCACUUUUUGUUUACGUGGCAUUUUUUGGUCCAUUCAUUAUGGACGUGUUUCUCCAUGCUGUUGGCUUGGUGGAGGGCAAUGGAUCAGUAGAGCUAUGGCUGAUCAGACUCAGUUACAUGAACUCCAUUAUUAACCCCUGGCUAUACAUUGUACUCCGUAAAGAGAGUCUGCUGAAGUUUGUAAGGCUGUAUUAUUAUUGCUGUAGGUCCUCAGGGGGAAACACUCGAAAUUAA